UAACAUUGAGAAUGGAGAGAGAGAGGAUGGUGAGGAAAACUGAGAUAGUGCAGGUGCUUCGCAUGAAGGAGGGGACUGGUGACACAAGUUUCGCAAAAACUGCAUACAUGGCGAGGCAGAUACUAUUAAUGACGAAAUCAAUAAGAGAAAAGGUCAUGAAGGAGUUGUAUUAUUGCAUGGAACAACCGAAAAUCUUAUGCAUAGCAGACUUGGGUUGUUCUUCUUCUGUGGAGAACAACUUGAUGAGCGUAGUCUAUGGGCUCAUAGACACCAUUGAUAAAGCUCGUCGAGAACUCGGACAUGGACCUCAAGAGUAUCAGAUUUACUUGAAUGAUCUUCCAGGGAAUGAUUUUAAUACUGUGUUUAGUUCAGUCACAAGAUUUAAGGAUAACCUUAAGGAGAAAAUGGGAGAUGAUUUUGGGGAUUGCUUUGUGAAUGGUGUUCCUGGCUCUUUCUAUGGUAGGCUUUUUCCUACCAAUAGCUUGCAUUUUGUGCACUCUUCCAGUAGCCUAUAUUGGCUUUCUCAGGUACCAGAAGGGAUAGAAGAUAAUAAGAGAAACAUUUACAUGGCAAAAACAAGCCCUCCAAAAGUCCUUAAAGCUUAUUAUGAUCAAUUCAAAAAGGACAUUUGGAUGUUCCUACAUUGUCGUUCCAAGGAAGUUGUAGAUGGAGGAAAAAUGGUGCUAACUUUAUUAGGAAGACAAAACAGUGACCCUUGUUAUAGCAAUAGAACUGGUUACAUGUGGGAGCUUCUUGCUACGGUCCUCGAUAAUAUGGUUGUUGAGGGUUACAUAGAGGAAGAGAAGCUAAACACAUUCAAUCUUCCCAUCUAUACAUCGUCGCCUUCAGAACUCGAAUUUCUGGUACAUAGUGAGGGAUCUUUUGCUCUUGAUCAAGUUCAUGCUUCCGAAAUCAGUUGGGACGCGAAUGAUCACAAGAAUCGCAGUUCUUGCGAUCAAUAUGACUUUGCAAUAUGUCUAAGAGCUGUGGUUGAAUCCUUAAUUGUUAGUCAUUUUGGAGAAGAAAUCAUCGAUGAGAUAUUCAAAAGAUAUAGGGAGAUCAUUUGUGCUUCUAUGGCCGAAGAGAAGAAUUCUGUCGACUAUAUUACAAUCUCCUUAACAAGAAAAAGCCGAGGUUGAUGUAGAACAAUCUCUUUAUGUAGACUUUUUUUUUUUAUGCUUGCUUGCAUGAUUUCUUUCCAUAAUUCCAGUUACGUACUUGAGCUUAUUUUGUUUUCGUUAUAUAUAUUUUCCCUUAAGUAAUACUCAUGGCCGGUGACUCCGAAAAAGGUAUGUACGUAUUUAUGUAUUAAGUUAUGUUACUCAGACAUGGAUAAAGUAUUAUUAGGAAAAUGUACGUGUUUAUGUAUUGUACCAAAUAGUGGAUUAUUCUUGGUCAAUCUAGCAGCUCAUGUUAUGGCUCACCUUAAUUAAUAUGCUCGAGUUUUAUACACGAGUAUGAGUGGGGGUUGUCCAAGCAUGAAGCAUGGUCGAGGAUGUAAUUGUUGAUGGUCAAAGUAACAUGUAAUUGUUGAUAGCUAUA